AUGAGGAUCGAGAACGUAAUCCUGCCAGGAAGAGAUCCCAAGUCUCGGUGGGACGUGGAUUUUGAAAUGAACACUAUCAAAAAGAUACAGCCGACAACACCUGCAGCAGGAGAUGUAUCUCCAGAUCCUUCGUCUUUGCUCCUCCCGCCUCUCUGCCACCCACACAUCCAUUUGGACAAGGCAUAUCUGUUGACAUGCAACACCCAGCACCAUCCGUCACAGCAUCUAUCAGAGGAAGUGCAGCCAACCCACCCAGACUAUAGCGAUCUUACCCCCCAGGAUGGUUCCUUCGGCGAAGCCCUCAAAUUCACCUCCUUGGCCAAACAACGAUACACGUCCGACGAUCUCUACUUGCGCGGGGCCCAGCUUCUGGCCACAUCUCUCGCACAAGGAGUGACCUCGUGCCGUGCCUUCGUCGAACUUGACCACGUCACCAGCCAGUCAUGCAUCGAGGCAGGCCUGCGGCUGAAGGACUGCUUCCAGGGGAAAAUGAAGUUGCAACUCUGCGCCUUCGCCCAGGAUCCGAUCUUCAGCACCGACAAGGGUGAGGAAAAUCGCCACAUCUUGCUUCGCGCGCUGCAGGAGUGUACCGGCCACAUCGAAGUUCUUGGGACAACCCCGUACGUUGAGAAGUCAAUCGAGGCGAGUGUGCAGAACAUUGAGUGGGCGAUUGAGACCGCCAUCAGCCACGGCCUUCAUCUCGACUUUCACCUCGACUACAAUCUUGACGAGAUGCAAAAACCCAUGGUUUGGGAGGUGAUUCGACUCUUGAAAGAGCUGAAUUGGAAUACCCGAGCACAAGCUGGGAAAACCAUCGUUCUCGGCCACUGCACUCGUCUGACCCUCUGCAGUGACGCCGAGAUGGUAGCUCUGGGGAAGGAGAUCGAAGAUGCGAAGCUUCCCAUCCAUUUCGUGGGACUUCCGACGAGUGACCUGUUCAUGAUGGGACGCCCUAUCGCCCCUUCUUCCCCCACACAGUCAAAAUCUGCACAACGACCCCGCGGGACGCUUCAAGUUCUCGAUAUGAUCAAGGGGUUUGGCAUCAACAGCUGUCUCUCUGUGAAUAACGUCGGGAACGCAUUUACUCCUUGGGGCACUGGGGAUCCCCUGGCUCUCGCGUCCCUGGGUGUGGGAAUCUACCAAGCUGGUACCGACGACGAUGCAAACCUCCUAUUCGAGUGCGUGAGUUCCCGGGCGAGAAAAGCAAUCGGUCUCGACACGGCGAGCGCACUCGACAAUGCUCAAAAUGAUCCUGGACAGGACCAGACGGCCGGCUAUGACACGACCGAGCUCAAAGAGGGCCGCAAGGGCGAACUUCUGUUGAUCAAGAAUGAAGAGUAUGUCUCCUGUCCGGGACAUUUGGGAGUCAGUAUUCCCGCACGCCAACAAGUCAGUGUGAGAGACGUUGUGUGGGACCCGCCACAAUUCCAUCUUCGUCAGGUCUUGAGAUGCCAAUAA